CGGAUAUUGUGACGGGACCGGAUCAAGGCCAGCCCGUCAGUGUUGUGAGCCGCCCGGGGACUGCAGCUGCUUGGGUUGAUCUUCAUUUUGCACAAUAACAGGCUGCAGCAGCAAAGGAUGAACGGAACUCUGGGGAAGGUGCUGUGUUUGAAGAACGAUAUCAUUUUUAAGAAAGCCUUUCCUCUCUUAAGGUUCAAAACUUCUGGAGAGAAUCCCAUUUGUUCUGCAGGUGGCAUUCUGCUGAGUACCAGCCGGCACUAUAAGUCAAAGCCCACCCAUGGCAUUGGAAGAUACAAGCACUUAAUUCAAGCACAAGAGCCCAAGAAGAAUAAGAGAACAGUGGAAUUGAGAGCCAUUAAUUUGGGGACAGAUUAUGAAUAUGGGGUUUUGAACAUUCACAUGACUGCAUAUGACAUGGCCCUGGCAGAGAGUUAUGCCCAGUAUGUUCACAACCUCUGCAACCAUCUCUCCAUUAAAGUGGAGGAAAGUUAUGCGAUGCCCACCAAAACCAUGGAGGUGCUGCAGCUACCGGAGCAGGGCAGCAAAAUGUUUGUGGACGCAGUUCUUACCAUCCAUGAGCGAGUGGUUCAGAUAAGCGGUUUGAGUGCUACAUUUGCAGAGAUUUUCUUGGAAAUAAUCCAAAGCAAUCUUCCUGAAGGACUCAAAUUGUCAGUGAAGGAGCACUCUGAAGAAGACUUCAAGGGAAGGUUCAAAGCUCGGCCAGAACUGGAAGAACUGAUAGCCAAGUUGAACUAGCUCAUUGCAGGCAGGCUCUUUCAUGCCAGCACUGGUGAUAUUGAGUGUCCAGGGGAAGAGCUCUCCGAGUGGUCAAAGUUAAGCAGGUGACCCUGACUCUUAGAUAGAAGUGUCCAUCCUCACAGCCAGGAAUGCGUCCUCUCCUCUGUGGAGGAAUGCUUGCCAAUUGUCGCCACUUUCCUUUGAGCCAACCCUAGGUAUCUUCCAUCUAAUAAAAAUUUGCUGCUGA